AGGCUGCUCUCUGGGAAGAGACGGAAGGAAAGUGGCAGCACCCUGUUCCGCAGAGCGGCUGGCAGCGUGCCACCGCGCUCCCCGGCUCUGCCACCGGCCCGGCACCUUCGCUCCCCGCCACGGAGCAUCCAGAUCAAACCCCCGAAGCAACCGGCCAUCUUCCGGGCAGGAGCAGAUUCGCCGAGCGCUACCUUAAGAAAAGUUAUGCGUGGCUAUAUUUAAGGAAGCGGGAGGGGGUGUGCGCUGGCCCCGUCCCAGGGCCUGGUGCCAGCCCUGGCCUCGACGCCUGCGCCCGGUGCCGGCCGCGCACGCAGGUGUCCGGACGCUUCUCCUCCGAGCCAGCCGUCGCCUCGCCGCCGCCUGCAAAUGCUCAGCUUCUUCUGGCUGAGGUGUCUCUUAAAAAUGGUCAAGGAGACUAUUGUAGUCCCUGAGGAGAUCUUGAGCUUCUGUUGCAAUGGCCUCCAGGGCUCGACCUCCCUGCCGCGUGCCCAGGAGCCAGAGGAGCGGGACGAGGCUCCGGGGGCCAUGGCGAGCCCCUCGCCCACCCGCAACCCCACCGAGGUGCAGAUGAGCCAGCUGGUGCUGCCCUGCCACACCAACCACCGCGGCGAGCUCAGCACCGGCCAGCUGCUCAAGUGGAUCGACACGGCCGCCUGCCUCUCCGCCGAGAGACAUGCCGGCUGCCCGUGCGUCACGGCUUCCAUGGAUGAUAUCUAUUUUGAGCAUACCAUUAGCGUCGGGCAAGUUGUCAACAUCAAAGCCAAAGUGAACCGAGCCUUUAACUCCAGCAUGGAGGUGGGCAUCCAGGUGAGCUACGAAGACCUGUGCAGCGGGAAGCACUGCAGCAUCUGCAAGGCUUAUGCCACCUUCGUGGCGCAGGGCCCCUCCGGCAGCAAGGUGAAGCUGAAGCCGCUGACCCCGCAGACGGAGGAGGAGAAGAUAGAGCACAGCAUCGCUGCCGAGCGCCGCCGCAUGCGCCUGGUCCACAAGGACACCCUCAAGGACCUCCUCACCCGCAGCCCCCGUGAAACCGAGCUGGAGACGCGGGACGGCAGCGUGGCGGUGCCGGCAGAGAAGACGCGAGUGGAGAGCGUGGAGCUGGUGCUGCCCCCGCACGCCAACCAUCAGGGCAACGCCUUCGGCGGGCAGAUCAUGGCCUGGAUGGAGAACGUGGCCACCAUUGCAGCCAGCCGUCUGUGCCAUGCCCACCCCACGCUGCGGGCCAUCGAGAUGUUCCACUUUCGGGGACCAUCGCAAGUCGGGGACCGCCUGGUCCUCAAAGCCAUUGUCAACAACGCCUUCAAAAACAGCAUGGAGGUGGGGGUCUGCGCCGAGGCGUACGGCCAGGAGAUGUCCAUCAGCCGAAGGCACAUCAACAGCGCCUUCAUGACCUUCGUGGUGCUGGACCAGGAGGGCCGGCCCCGCACCCUGCCGAUGGUGACACCCGAGCCGGGGGAUGGAGAGAGGAGGUACAGAGAAGCCAGCGCUAGGAAGAAAAUUCGGCUGGACCGAAAAUACGUCGUCUCCUGCAAACAGACCGAGGUGCCGCUCUCCGUGCCCUGGGACCAAAGCAACAAGGUGUAUCUGAGCUACAACAACGUCUCUGCGCUGAAGACGCUCGUAGCCAAAGCGAACUGGGCGCUCGCCAGAGAAAAGGAAAAGGUGCGGAUGUACACGCUGGAGGAGGACAAGUUCCUCUCCUUCCGCAUCGAGAUGUCGGUCCACAUCGCCGCCGGCCGAGCCUUCUCCCUGCUCUCCGACCUGCGGCGCCGGCACGAGUGGGACAGCCACUACGCGAGCGCGGAGCUCGUCCAGCAAGUAGACGACGACGACAUGAUCUACCACGUGGUGAGCCAGACGCUCAGCCGCGAGAACAAGCCGCAGGACUUCGUCAUCCUGGCGUCCCGACGGAAACCUUGCAGCAAGGGGGACCCCUACGUGGUGGCCUUUCGGUCGGUGACGCUGCCCACCCACCCCGCCAGCGCCGGCUUCACGCGGGGGGAGACGCUCUGCUCUGGUUUCUGCAUUUGGCCGGAGUCGGAGGAGAUGAGCAAGGUGGCUUACUACAACCAGGCCACGCCGGGGUACCUCAACUACGUCACCACCAACGUGGCGGGACUGUCCUCCAACUUCUGCGCCACCUUCGAAGCCUGCGAGAAGUUCCUGCUGAAGAACAAGGAGGACCUGAUCGUGCGGCUGCAGGACCUCUAGAGCCGCGGCAGCCCUGCUGACAGACGGACAGACAGAUGAGGGGGCACCUUGCUGGUGGAAGGGGACAUGGGAUGGUGGCACCCAGACCCGGCCUCUCCCUCGGGGGAUUUGGCUGGAGCGAGGUCCCGGGGGCUGGAGGGGCAUCACUGUACCGCCUCACGCCUUGCACUGAUCUGUCAUGUCUUUUCUACUUCCUUUUUUUUUUUUUUUUUUUUUUUUUAUUCAGAAAUUUUAUAAUCUGAUGUACAGGACUUGGUUUUCUAGUUCACUUAACGCUACUUGAAUCUUUGUAUGAUCCAAAGUCUUCCUAACACAGAUUAUUUUUUUCCCUCUCUCUUUUUUUUUUUUUUUUUUUUUUUUUUACUAUUUCUUUAUGGGGGAAACUGGUUCCCUUUGAGGCAGCAAAAGGAGAGAGGGGGCAGUGAUGUGGGGAUGGUGCCGUAUCCUCACGGGUGCAGGGGUGGCUGGCAGAGCAUCCCACUCCCCCCACAUCUGCCUUGUGCUGCUUCUCUUCCCAGGCAGGGCUGGCCAACAGCCCCUGCUCCCGCCAGGCUGAGAUCCUCCCCCGUGGGGCUGUGGAUGGCGUGGCAAUAAAAGUGCAUUAAAAAUUAAAAA